GGGCAUGGGAUGGGCUUUCUCAUGAGUCUGGCCCAUGUCGGCUCCUGGUCUUGCCUGCCGUUGGCUAUCAUGGAUUCAAUCAUUAUUCAGGAGCGAUUAGUAGAGAGGCUGCUUUCGCCCAGGACUCAGAGCCAGCGGAGCCACUCAGCCAAGCUGAAGAGGAAUGGAGGCAGCACGCAACUCUCGGAUCACCUUGACCACGAGAGGCAGUAUGUGGGGUUUGCCACCCUCCCCAACCAGGUGCACCGGAAAUCUGUGAAGAAGGGCUUUGAUUUCACCCUCAUGGUGGCAGGAGAGUCGGGUCUGGGUAAAUCUACCUUGGUAAACAGCUUGUUCCUGACAGACCUCUACAAAGACCGAAAACUUCUCAACGCUGAAGAAAGAAUCAGUCAGACGGUAGAGAUUGUGAAGCACACGGUUGACAUCGAGGAGAAGGGGGUGAAGUUGAAACUGACCAUUGUUGACACGCCGGGGUUUGGAGAUGCUGUUAACAACAUUGAGUGUUGGAAGCCUAUCACGGACUACAUUGACCAGCAGUUUGAGCAGUAUUUCCGGGAUGAGAGCGGCCUCAAUCGGAAGAAUAUCCAGGACAACCGAGUGCACUGCUGCCUCUACUUCAUCUCACCCUUUGGCCACGGGUUGAGGCCGGUCGACAUGGAGUUCAUGAAGGCGCUGCAUGAAAAGGUGAACAUUGUGCCCCUCAUUGCCAAAGCCGACUGCCUCAUUCCCUCUGAGAUCAAGAAGCUGAAAGAGCGGAUCCGGGAAGAGACUGACAAGUUUGGAAUUAAAGUUUACCAGUUUCCGGAGUGCGAUUCUGAUGAGGAUGAGGACUUCAAACAGCAAGACAGAGAGCUGAAGGAAAGUGCUCCCUUUGCAGUCAUUGGCAGCAAUACUGUGGUUGAAGCCAAAGGGCAGAGGGUACGAGGGCGGCUCUACCCCUGGGGAAUUGUGGAAGUGGAAAACCAAGCGCAUUGCGACUUUGUGAAGCUGCGGAACAUGCUGAUCCGAACGCACAUGCAUGACCUGAAGGAUGUCACCUGCGACGUUCACUAUGAGAACUAUCGAGCACAGUGCAUCCAGCAGAUGACCAGCAAGCUGACUCAGGACAACAGGAUAGAGAGCCCCAUCCCGAUUCUGCCUCUUCCGACGCCAGACGUUGAAACAGAGAAGCUGAUCAAGAUGAAAGAUGAAGAGUUGCGGAGAAUGCAAGAGAUGCUGCAGAAGAUGAAGCAGCAGAUGCAAGACCAGUGAAAGAAGGGCAGAAGGAAGGAGCAUCCUUGUGGCUGUCUGCAGUUCGCCGGAAUCGCAGACACUUUAGGAAAGGACUUUGCCGUUGCAAAAAAGAAAAGAAUAGAAAAAGACUUGUGAGCAAGAGUGGCACCCACUCCCUCCCUCUAAUUCAAAGGUAGCCAAUGUGGUGCCCCUCCAGAUGUUUCUGGACUACAAAGCCCAUCAUCCCUGACCUUUGGCCAUGCUGGCUAGGGCUGAUGGGAGUUGGAGUCCAGGAACAUCUGGAGGGCACCGCAUUGGCUAAUCCGAUCGUAGCCAUGACUGUUAGUGGGGUGAUGGAAAGAUGGGCGUGGAGAGAGGUCACUGCAAGCCCUUUCCGCGACCAGGAUAUUCCUAGCCAUUCCUACCAUUUCCCUAGAUGUACUAAGCUCUUGUGAGGGAGCAUCUUGGCAUUUAAAAACCAACCACGGUUUCUGUGGCAUAUCAAUUUUGAGGACUCUUGUGUAAAUGCACGAUAACUGUUUACUCCCAACCAAGGUGCUGUGAUCCUCCUCCUCCUCCUCCUCUUUCCAGGUCUCCUCCUUUCUGUCCCCAACCUUUCUGAGGUCAUGGCAAGUUUCUGCAAGAAAGCCAACGAUACCUCUCUGAACCAAGUGCUCCUGAGACAAACCCCAGCCACUCUGACCUCUUGCCUCGGGCGUUCCCCUAUUGUUUUUUCUAGCCAGUUGGUUGGGAUGGGUGUGUGUGUGUGUCUUUGAUAGUUUCUCAAAACAUUCCUGACUAUUAUUUUUUUUUCUAAUAUGAAAGUCGGCACUUUUUGCACUAAGAGGAGGAGGAGACAAACGAUCUGCUUUUGAGGUAUCAUAGUACAAAACAGCGCCCACUGCCCUUGUUUUAGGUGAGUUAAAUGCAACCCUUGAGAGAACUUGCCUCUCUUGCAGAGGUCAAGGGUCAGCAAGAGAAGAGUUAUUUUGCAGUUUAGCAUCAUCUGGGCAUGCUGAAUCACACUUCAUCUCUCGCCAAACGCAGAGCAAGAUUGGAUUCCCAGAGGAAGGUAUGAAUUGGUUCAUGUGCUGCUCAGUGGAUUCCUCUAGGGAAUGGCCUGGGUCAUUCUCUACCUAAACAUGGAGCAAAAUACGGUACUCUGCUAACGUGGGACUGUGUUGUGGAGUUGGAAGCCGGUUUCUUGAAAUCUGCAUUGCUUCAGUCAAGACCGCCAUGCAAAUGUUUGCUAGGUAAAGAGUUAGCGUGCUUCUUUCGUAUUUUGUUCGGUUGCGUUGCCUCAUUGAUUUUGUAGUUGUGAGGCCAGCUGCUGAUGCUCAGAUGUUUAUAGCUUUCAAGUCCAUGAUGCAGUGAGACAGAGAGCAAACUGCACAUGUAUGGAAAUGGGCGACUGAAGUGAGAAGAUGUGACUUAUGGAUGUAGAGCUUCACAGAGGGAACCAGCUGAGAUCUGAAUGGGAGGAGGCAGGUACUUCUGCUGUGUCUGGCAUCAGUGUUCCCCCCCCCCAGUUUGAAGUCCUUUUUCUGCCAUGGCCAGAGUCUAUUUAUAGAUCUUGCACCCAAAAGUCCACAUUCUGCAACAAUUCUGUGCAUGGUGUGUCAUGAGUGGGAAGUGACUGGAGGCUCCCAGGAGAAAGGAAUGUGCCAUGCAGCUUUUUUUUCAUAGCCAGGAGCCACCUUUUAAUCCAAAACUGUGGUGCCCAUUUUUUUUUCUCCCUUUAGGGCAGGGCUGGGGAGCCUGUGGCCCUCCAACUCCCAUCAUCCCCAGCCAAAAUGGCCAAUGGUCAAGGAUGAUGGGAGUUGUAGUCCAACAACCUCUGGAGGGCCACAGGUUAGCCAUCCCUUUUUUAGGCUGUCCAGAUGCAAAGGAGAGAUGGGGCUCCUGAUUUUCUAAUAUAUAGAAACGGAUGUUUUCACAGGAGCAACUUGGCAUGGCAGGCAUGCAAAAACCAUAACAUCUGCCCCUAUCCAAAUAUGAUCUCUUUUGCGCAGUUCUACAGAUAAAGGAGCACUGUUCUCCUUUGUGGGGAGGGGGGAACAUUCUGUUUCUUUUUCUAUCAUCUUAAAAAUAAAAUGAAAUUAAACAGAGUAUCGUGCCGCAGCUGACUUGCUUUAGAUUAGGACAGAUGUGGGGAACCUUAGGCCCUCCAGAUAAAUACUCAAGUAUUGAUUUAUUAUUAAAUUUGUAUCUCGCCCUUCCUCCCAAAGGAGCCCAGGGUGGCAAACAGCACACUAUAAAAAAAUCUCAACAACAGGGCCAGUACAGAUGCAGACCGGGAAAGAUCUGUACUGGAAAGCCUUGUUGGAAGAGGCAGAUCUUCAGCAGGCACCGAAAAGACCACAGAGGCAGCGUCUGUUUAAUAUUUAAGGGAGGGAAUUCCAAAGGGUAGGUGCCACCACUCUAAAGGGCCGACUCCUAUAUUAUGUGGCACGGGCCUUCUGAUAAGAUGGUGUUUGCAGGAGGCCCUGCAAUAAUCAGUUAGCCAAUGCCCAUCAUCCCUGGCCAUUGGGCAUGCCUGCUGGGAUUGAUGGGAGUUGUAGCUCAGCAACAUCUGGAGGGCUAAAGGCCUCCCACACCUGGGUUAGGACUUGACCCACCAGCUAAAGACCAACAGUGUCAUUGGUGCAAGGGGCAUAGCAACAUCAUUGCCUGGAUGUUCCCCUUCCCCGCCCAAAUACUGCCUAGGUGUCUUUAGACAUACCUCUGACAGGGCUACCAACAUGCUGACUUUUUCCUUUUCUUACUGAAAGUGAAACUUCUCAGGGUUCCACGUUUCAGCCUUACUUGAUACCUCAGCCCCACCCAGCUAACGCCUAGUGGAAAUCCUGACAAGCCAGAGAGAGUCUAGAUUUGUUAUUUUGGCUAGGGGAAGUCUCAAUGCUGCACUCGGGAAGGGCCGGCCCUUCCGCUGGUCGGAGUGAUGCUUCUGCCUCAGGUGGAUUCUGGGGGCAGGGAGUGACAGUGAGGUGCCAGAGAACAGAGCCGUGCAUAGCCCUUACUUAGCUAGCCUCCUGCCCUUGGUGCUCCAUCACCAAGAUUCAGCUGCCAGGUCCAUCAGGUUUGGUAUGUGGAAUGGGGGAACUACAGUGGCCGACAGUGGUGGCCGGUGGCUCCAUGUCAGUGGGGCAGUGGGAUCCACUCCGGGUUUUAGUCCGAACUGGUGCCCACUGGGAGUGGUAGGGCGGAAGGCCGAGUGGCCAAUCGUAUGUGGAGCCAGAGCUAAUGGCAGGCAGAGUCAGCACCAAUGACAAAAUCUUAAUUUUGUCUCCACCCUCCUGAAUUCUACAGACAAGGAGGACAAUGACAGCCAGGGCCACCCAGAGUGGUUUAACAACCAGUCCCUCUUUCUAGGGAACUCUGAGACCUCUCUCUCUGUGAGGGGAAGGGGGUCUUCUAACACCUCCCAUCACCCUCCGGUUCCCAGCAUUCUUUGGGAGAAGCCAUGAUCAUUUAAAGUGAUGAAGGAAUGAAUGAAUGAUUUAUUAUGGUUACAGACCAAAAGAUUAAAAGCAGUAUAAAAAGCCACAAAAAUUAAAAUACAUAUAAAACACAACUGCUGAAAAUUACUACAAACCAGAGAAAUACAGAUUAAGUAGUUUCUUAGUCAGAAGACUGGCAGCAUUUUUUCCUAAUUUGCACUGUGAUAAAAAAAACAACCCAACAACUUUGUGACACUUUUGGUAACAGAAGAUGACGCAUCCCUUAAAACAGAUCAAUACCAAAUUUGCAGAAAUACUCCUAGGCAAAGCAGUUAACAGAGGGAAGAUUAGCUUCUUUCUGUGUUCACAGUACAAAUUAGAAGACACUAGAACAGGUUCAACAGACUCCGUUACACCAGCUCUGUUCACUGCCUGGGAUCUUAUUAAAUCACUCUUUCAACAGUGCCGAUGGCAGCACAUUAAAGUGGGCAAGAGUAAAUGCCAUUGAAAGCGAUAUAAGAGCAGGCUUUAAAUGGACAGUACAGAUCUGACCUUUGUCUCUGUUUCUUUGGGGCCUCAGUCUGGGGGACUUGUUUCACGGUAUCCCUUUUGCCUGGAAGGCAGAGGGAACUGUUGGAGAGAGAUAAGGAUUCCCUUUGGCUAUGUUUCCCCUUCUGUGCUUCUUUAAUGCUAAUCUCACAGCCAGAGAGGGAGACCCUGUGGUUGUAUGGUCCUUUCUGAUAAUGCAGUACUCCAAAGGAGAGCGAGAAGCCCACACGACCAUGCGACAGCCCUCUGUGUGUGUGAGAGAGAACUAAAGCAUAGCUCAGUUAGCUCAGGCCUGGAGCAACUUCCCUACAAGGCAAGGUUUUGUUGUUUGGGACUUUUAAAUUUAGGGGGGAAAAGUGGAGGGCGUGGCAGGGGUAUAUAAAGUUAUGCAUGGUGAGCGGAGACUAGGGAUGGGCAAAUCCGUCAGUUUUGGGUCCUCUCUGUUCCACAUCUUUUUCAGUGUAAGUUCAGUUCUCCCAAUUUUGAUAUCAGGUUGCAAUUUUUUUUUUAGAGUCCUUGCGAAAAUUCUUCAGCAUUUCAGUGCAAAUCGCCCCUAAUAUACACAUCUUUGCAUGCAGUUUUCCCCCAAUAUAGACAUUUUUGCAGAGCAAUUUCCCCUAAUAAAGUGCAUUAUUUUCACCUGUUGAUGCAUGUUAAUGCACACUUCACCCUAGGCUGUGCAUAUCUGUACACAGUGCUGGGAUGGAAAACUGGCUGCAAAACUGGGAGGAUGUCCAUUUUCAAGUGAUGGCUGUGUUCCGGGUCUUGUACUGUUUUGGAAAGUGCAAAUCAGGUCGCCAUUACAUGCAAAUUGAGUCGGAUUCUUCCCCUAGUGGAGACGGAGAGCAGUUUUUCCUCCCUCUCUCGUAAUACAGGAACCAGGUUGUAGUUGGUGAAUGGUGGUAGAUUCAGGAUGGAGAGAAGGAACAACUUCUUCACAUAGCCAGACUGUGGGAUUUGCUACCACAAUGCGCUGAUGGCCGUCUACUUGGACGGCUUUAAGUCCUCCGGAUUCAUGGUGGAGAAGGCUACCAUUGGCUCCAAAUCAUGAUGGCUAUAUGGAUAGGAGGCAGGCUCUGAAUACCAGUUGCUGGGGAAUACGAGGGAGAGAGGGUGACUUCCGUCAUGCCCUGUUCAAGGCCUUUGAUUGGCCAUUGUGGGCAGUGGCGGAUUUAGACUUGGUGAGACCCUAAGCUAUAUAAAGCUUGGAGGCCCUUUGUUAAAAAAUUACACCAUAUAUAUAUAUAUAUAUAUAUAUAUAUUCAGUACACGUAAAAUUUUAAAAGCCCCCCCCAAAAAUUCUGAAUUUUUUUGAGGCCCCUGCGGAUUGUGAGGCCCUAAGCUGUAGCUUGUUUAGCUUAUGCCUAAAUCCGGCACUGGUUGUGUGAAACAAGAUGCUGGACUAGAUAGCAGAGAAAGAGUGGUGAGCAUCCAAUUCGAUAUGUAGAAAAAAGGGGGGUCAAAGACCAGAAUGCUGAUGUAUUUUAUGGAAAACUGCUUUUAUUGCGAGAUUUUUUUCAAAGAAGCCCAAACUGGUUUUAUUGCAGAAUAUUUUUCAAAGAAGCCCAACGCGUUUCAGCCUGUAAUCACAGGCCUUCAUCAGGGGAUAAUGAACUUUUACAAUGGUUAACCGAACAAUUUUGGUCCUGUAUUGUACCGAUAACAAUCCUCUUAUACAAUCUAGACUAGAUAGGCCUGUGAUCUGGUCCAACAGGGCUCUUUCUAUGAUUUGUCCUAGAUUCCCGGGCGCUCCAGAAAGCCCUCACCUGAACUGAUUCUGUCCUGUAGAGAUGUGGAUGUCAACAUGCGCUCAAUAUUCAAGUCCCCCGUCCACCCCCACAGGGCAUGCCAGCACUUUUUAUGCCUUCUAAUCGUUGACUGCUGGCAAAAUAAUAAAAGGGUGGCUAAAUGAUUGCAAAAAAUGGUGACUGCAAGCAGGAAUUUGCUCUCUGUCUCUUUCUGUGUGUGUAGAUUUUGUGAGGCCAGUGAAAGGGCUGUUUCUUACUGGUAGUAUGGGGUUGUAUUCAACUAAUGCUUUUGGGGGGCCGCACAGCCCACUCCGUCAGAUGUGUGAAGUGUAUCCUAUGCGUAUGCUAACUUGGCAAGCCUAUGCGUGCACAUGGUGUUGGGAGCAUGAAUGAGGUCCGUGGGAAAUGAAAUGCGGAACAGACGGUGAUGAUUAGCUGAAAGCAAAAUGGUUACAGCAACCAGUGAACAAGGCAGGAUGCAGUGAGCAAUUGGCAAAGCUUGUGUUGGUGAUGACACAAAUAUCCUGACACUGGCAAGCUCAUUUACCCAUGCAGCGCGCUGACAAAAAUAGUAAUCUGUCAUCUUGAUUCAAGCCAUAGGACACAAAAAAGUACUGUCUGAUACGUUGUAACUUAGCAGUUUCCCACAAGAUCAGGUGUGGGGAAUCUUUGGCCUUCCAGAGGUUGCUGAACUUUGUCUCCCAUCAUCCCUGGCUGUUGGCUGUGGGUGCUGGGGCUGAUGGGAGUUGUGGUUUGGCAACCUCUGGAGGGCCAAAGGUUCCCCAUACUUGCACUAGAUUUUCCCUUUAAUGUGAUGUUGUUCAAGUAUGGCCUCCUUAAGGUAGUGUCCUGUUAGUUUGAGAUGCUCUCCUUCUGCAGGGUGGGGAAACCUGUCACCCUGCAGAUGUUGCUGGACUACAACUCCCAUCGUCCUUGAACGUCGGCCAUGCUGGCUGGGGCUGAUGGGAGUUGGAGUCAAAAACAUGUGGAGGCCGACAGGUUCCCUAUCCAUGUCUUAACUGGUUUCUGGAAUGGCAUAUGGACGGAUUGCUUUAAAGAUGGGUGCUUAAGAGCCUCUUUCCUCCAGCUGAGGGACAGAAGCCCCUUUGGGAGUUUCAAGGAGGGAGAUGUUCCCAAGGCAGGUGGAAAUCUCCACCACCACCCAAACCUGGCAUUGCAACCACAGCUUCUUUCAAGAAGGGAUGAGGUGCUAUAGCAGGGUGGAGGACUCUGUGACCCUCCAGAUGUUGCCAGACUCCAACUCUCAUCAGACCCAGCCCAGUGUGGCCAAUGAUGAUGGGAGUUGUAAAUGAUGAUGAUGAUGAUGAUGACAUUUUACAUCCCACUCUUCUUCCAAGGAGCUCCAGGUGGUGUACAAACGUGGUUCUCCCCCUCCUCAUAACAACCCUGUGAGGUAGGUUAGGCUGAGAGGCAGUGACUGGCUCACUGUCACCCAGUGAGCUUCAUGGCUGAGUGGGGAUUCGAACCCUGGUUUCCCAGGUUCCAGUCCAGCACUCUAACCACACUAGCUCUCAACAACAGCUGGAGAGUUGCAGGCACUCCAGUCUGUGCUGUGGGCUCCAACUUUCCCUAUUUUCCAGGGGAGAUUCCUAUUUUCUCUUACAAUAAAUCACCUUCCCUAUUUUGUACCUAUCUAACCUUUUGGGGGAGAUGCUGUGGUUGCUUUGUUUAAAAUGUUGUGCAUACGCAUGUGCAUUAGAGUUCUUCUGGUUUCACCCUUCCACCCUGCUGUUCUUAAAAGCUCACUGUCUACAUGAGGUGUGGCGAAUGCUGUGGCUCUCCAGAUGUUGCUGAACUACAACUCCCAUCUUUCCUGGCCAUUGGCCACACUUGCGAGAGCUGAUGGGAGAUGUAGUUCAUUGACGUCUGGCGGGCCAGAAGUUCCCCGCACCUGCUGUACAUGGUGGCCAGGCAUCCAUGGCAAAUUCAUCUCGAUUCUAACUUUCAGCCAUGUAAAAAUGGGCAUGUGGGCAUGCAGCAUUGGAACACUGCUUCCGCCCCACCUUCACCCAUCCUGACAGUGUAUUUUGAGUUGCAGCUGCUCUGUCGUUAAGCCCAACCAGAUCCAUUGUAAGAUUGUUGAGAGUGAGAGGAGUUAGUUUUGGAAGUCAGUGUAGUUCAGGCUGUUGCUGAGUAAAAGAAUGCAACCUACAGGGCACGGAGAAGAAUGGUCAGCUUAGAGUCUCCUUUUCAUGUGACUCCUGUGAAUGGGUCUCCAUGUGAUUGAUGGGAUACCAGGGCUCUGCUCCUGAGGUGGUGUGGCUUCCUCCAUCCUUGAUUAUCCAUGCAUGGACAUCUGCACAGAUUCGGGGUGGAGAACCUGUGGCUCUCCAUGUUGUUGGACUAUGACUCCCAUCAUCCCUGACCAUUGGCCAUGCUCAAUGGUGCAGAUAGGUGUUGGAGUCCAGCUGCAUCUAAAGAGCCCACAGGUUCCUGAAGCCUGGCAUGGCUGGAGCCUACACCCAUAGGUGAUUGAUUAGGGUACCAGCCCCCAGGGAAGUCUAUAUGCCCACAGAGGUCUACACAUGUAGGCUUUGUCUAUGCACAUGUGGAUGUCAGAGGUGAGGCUGGGGGGGGAGGAAACAGUCUAUCCUCAGUGCCAGGACUAGUGGCACAGCCCAAUCAUCUCAUGGAGACUCCUUCGCAUGGCUAAUAGGUAAAGGGGGCUAAACACAUGCUGGUGAAGAUAAGUAGUCUUCACACUGUGAUCCUUGUUGGCGAAGAGUGCUACAAGUACACAGGAAUGUCCCCUUUUUAAUCUGUAAAAUGUCAGAGGGUAUGGAAACCCUGGGAGAGAGGCUGGAUACUGAGGGCUAUAGCCAGAUGUUGUUGGACUACAACUCCCAUCAUCUCCAGUCAGCUUAGCCAAUGGUGAGGGAAGAUGGGAGUUGUAUCCAACAACAUCUGGGGACCCAAGGUUGAAGAAAAUGGUGCUAGCGCAAGGGCUGUUGUGACAGUGGACGGGUAACAAAGUUGCACAGCAGAGGAAUCCAACGCAACAGUUGGGCGAGCAGAAACUCAUUGCGCAAUCCAUUGCACAACAAAGUGACCAGCAACCUGCUUAUGCAUUCUCUUGCGCCGCAACAUUCCUUGGAUGAAACAUUUCCCCAGUGGAGCAAGCAUACCGCUAAAUUACUUUAACUUAGCACUACAUUGGAUACAAACCUUAGUCGGAAGGAAAAGCAAGGCUCCUUUUCUUGGAUGGCAGAAGUUUCCUGCAUCCUCCUCUUUUGGAAACAUUCCAGAGGCUGUGAAAUAUCUUUGAAUGAACUGCACUGAAAUAUCUUUGAAUGAAAAUGAAGGCCCCCCCACCCAAAGGGAGGCACUCCUUCUCCUAGCUUGCAGCGGCAGGUUGCACUUUGCACCAUUAUAAGCAAGGAUCUCAUUGGCGAGAUGGUUGAGCCUGACUUUAAAAGGAGGGAAAGGCCAGGAGCGGCAGGGGGUGUCUUUGAGUCGAACAUGAGUUUGAGAAACUCUGCCUUAGGGACAGCUGCCUUACGCCUUGCUGCGCUCGGCUGCGGCAGAAAUUGUGGCGACACCGGCGCUUCGAGCCAAAGUCGCCACUCCCCAAGCUGUGCGUGGGAAAUGCCAAUGGUCUGUGCUGGCGUAUAAAUCCGGAUGGGCUGCAAUAGACGGGUUGGUUGGCCGGUCAUAAAUCAGUGCUUGAAUUACGGGAGGGAAGGAGAGGGCCCCCCAGUUCUUGUCACCUUUAGUGCUGGCCUACUUAAAACAUAAAAUUAAAAGGCAAUGGGGGCAUGGCUAAAAUUGAGGGAUGCUGGCAUCGGCGCUUACAGAUUUAAGUUAGGGCCUCCUCCCUAUCUUUCUCUCUCGCCACCCCACCCCCAGUUUUUGAGCUCUGCCAUAAAUUGUGAUGAGCCGUCGACAGGGACAGGGGAACCCACAGCCCGCAGAAGCUGUUCUUAGCCUACGGCUCCCAUCAUCACCUGUCCAUUGGCCAGGCCGGCUGGGGCUAAUGGGAGUCAGAGUCCAAUGACGACCAGAGGGUCUCAGGGUCCCUGCCUCUGCCCUAAAGCAACCGAUCCAAACGAGUUUGCUGCUUCCUCCUCCUGGGUCUGCCUGCUCGCUCCUGCGCUUUCUCACGCCUGGACAGGCAGCGCGCUCUUCCCUGGGCUUUGUUGGAGACAGUACCUCUACUGUUGGAGGCAGGAUGCUUCCGAAUGCCAGUGGUUGGGAAUCAGGCUGCCUCCGAAUGCCAGUGGUUGGGAAUCAGGCUGCCUCCGAAUGCCAGUGGUUGGGAAUCAGGCUGCCUCCGAAUGCCAGUGGUUGGGAAUCAGGCUGCCUCCGAAUGCCAGUGGCUGGGAAUCACAAAUGGGGAGAGCUGUUGUUGCACUCGGGUCCUGCUUGCGGGCUUCACGUUGGGGCAUCUGGUUGGCCACUGUGAGGGCAGGAUGCUGGCCUAGAUGUGCCACAGGCCUGAUCCAGCAGGAAAGCUCUUCUUAUGUUCUUAUGAGAUUCUCUGUGGGGGAGGGCAAGCCCAUUGCUUCCACAAAUAGCAUGGGGGAGGUGAGAAAAGUCCUAGGUAGGCUGUGCCUCACUGGGGAGGCAAUGAGCCUCUCUGUCUGUGCCAAGUCUCUGAUUUGCUCCCACGACUGGUGGUUGGCUAUUCAAUGGUACUAGGUUUGUGCUUGUUCUCACAGGUUGCUAAGCAUGCCCUUCCUCCCCCCCCCGCCCCUGGAAGGUGAGGAGAGGUUUGUUCUCUGUGCUGUGUGAUGAUUCCUGCCUUUCUUGGGCUUCCCUUCCCCCUCCCUGCCUCACUCAUUGCAGCCAUGUUGUAAACUGUGGCUUGUUGCUACAGCUUCUGUGACACCCGCUUUGCCUUGCUCUGUUCCGUAUUCCUUUUUUUUUGGUUUUUGGUUUUGUACGUUUCUGUUGAAUAUUUUUUUGUCAUUGUGAUCAAAGCGAACAGAAACUUUUAAACACAUCCAUUUUAUUAAGAUUAUUAUUGUUGAUAAUAAUAUAAUGUUUACUACCUGAACUGAUCAAUGAAGUAAAC